AUGGCAUUAAUUGGUGGUUUCACAGAAUGGGCGCAUCUACGACUUCGUGAUCAUCGGCCUGGUCCUAUGAGUUACACGGUAGAUAAUCAUGAUAUUCCAAAAGGAUCAAUGUUAGGGAAGUACGCUGAGCGGCGGCAGGAGACGACGGUUGGACCUGGUGAAUAUCAUAUCCCAACUACUGUUGGACAGUGCCGCUCUACCGUCUUUGGUCCACCGUGUGAUGUAUCUGCUGCGAAUGACGUUGCGGCUGCACAAACAGCACGGAAGAUGGUAGUGGGUGUUAGUAAAGGACGUUCUACCCCACCACCAUUGCCGAAACAAUACAGUCUCGCCUUAUCACCUGAUACUCCAGCAUUUUCUAUGUAUGGUAAAAUUCGUGGGAAACCAGCCAGUGCUACUGUAGGACCAGGGGAUUAUGCCAUUCCCUCUGUUUUUGAUUCUACUGGUCGUAAAGGACCCCAUUUUGGGCAACGGACAAAAAUAUUAACUACACGUGAUAAUGUUCCUGGACCAGCAACCUAUAAUGUCCCACGAUUUGGUGAUGAAAAGCCCAAACGCAAAGAGUUUAUUACUUCUGUACAUAAAGUUAUUGCGGAAGAUACUUCUCCAGGUCCUGGAAGUUAUGGUGAUCCUACUACAAUUGCUGCACGUUGUGCCCCACCAAAGCAACGAUUAUAUGAUGGACCUAGUUUUGGUGGACGAUAUCAUAUGUAUAAGCGACCUAUUGUACCUGGACCUGGACCUGCAGAUUACGGUGAUGUGAGUCGUAUUAUGCGCAAAGGACCCACACAUACCCCAGUAUUUGCUCAAAAAUUACAAACAUUACCAAGUUCCAAGACUGUUCGAGCCGUUGCGGAUUCUGGACCAGGACCUGGUGAUUAUCCAAUUCCCUCUGAAUUUGAUCAAGACUUCCGAAAGGGAAUGUCAUUUGGAGCCCGUACCUGGCGAGAUGAAAAGGGCGCCGCCACUGGAACGUUGGGCCCUGGCGCACAUGAUUUAGGUAAACCACCCAUGACCAGUAAUGGCUUCCGCUUUGCUGCACGUCCAUUCGAUCCCGCGGCGAUGGAAGAAAGCGCCCAACAGGCACGAGCCGGUGGAGAUGAACCCGGUGGUCCUGGUAUGUAUCAUCCCAACUUGGAUGCGGUACGUCCAUCUAAGUAUGCAAACGUUAGUGGAUUUGGUAUUGGGAGUCGCUUCCCUGCGGAACAAACGGCUGGUCCGCUUUGUUAUGAUGUCAAACCAACGGACUCUGUUCGUGGGACGGUAUUUUACCGAGGAGAUUACAGUCGCAGUAGACAUCUUGGCGCCAACGGCGAUGGUGGUCCUUCCUACAAUGUGGAGAAUGAUACCAUCGCGGAGGGUGUACGCAGUGGGAAGGGCUUUACAUUUGGUCUUCGAUACCCCGCGCGGGCUACUCAUCAGGUGUGUAAGCCGUAUGAUGAGACGACGAAUAUUAACUGCCAGUAUGAGGAUGAGACGACUUGGAUGACUAAAGUCAAGUUUUAG